GAAGUCGUACUAACAAUGACAUCAAAACCGUCAGGGAGCGACACCGGCGAGAAAUUUGUAAGCCUAAACAUAAUAAUUCGACAAUCAUUACGGUGUAAUGGAGUGCAGACUGUGCUGGCGCUUUCUGUCUCAUCCGCGCUUGCGGGUACAAUUGUCGUAGUUUUCGCGGAGAAAUGCCGUGAACAAUCGAAAGCCAUGGACAGCGACGAAGAUGGUGAGCCAGAUAUGGUCUUGACAGGAUUUUUGUUUGGAAACAUCGAUGAGCACGGUCGACUCGAAAAUGACUUUCUUGAUCCGGAAUCAAAGCGAAACCUUCACCAGCUCAACCAUCUGGGCAUCGGUAGUAUGUGGAAAGAGAUCACCGAGGAUGCGGAGGCUGACAGUUCUCUAGAUGGACAUGACGCUAACGACGAUGAAAACGAGGGCUCGACACAUAGCGAUGAAGAAUAUUCGAAAAAAUUGCCCUCAUCGGUAGACUACUUCGAUUUUGAAGAACUUGCAGAUGAUGAUGGUGACGAAAAGGAAGAGACCCAGGCAGUUUCUGAUGUACCAGCAGCAAGCCCUGAUCUGGCUGAAGAAAGUGACAGUUUCGAGGGUGCAUUCCACCAAAUGCUGUAUGGUUGUCGUAGUCAAGAGUCUAACAAUGAGAGCGAGGCAAAAAUGGAAGAGGGGGAAGCCACUAAGGAAGGGUCCCAAGAUGCAGAGUUGAUGCCACCACCACCAGCUCCGGCACCUUUGCCAGGCUCACAGCUAGCUGAGAAAAGUACCAAGGGAACUGAGGACGUCAAGGAACAAGCUGAGGACGAUGAGGCAUCGGCAGCACGAAAACGCAACCUUGACACCCCACUGGCAGCCAUGUUGCCAUCCAAGUAUGCAGACUUGGAUGUCACUGAACUCUUCCCAGAGUUUCGGCCUGGCCAAGUGCUGCGUUUCUCGCGGCUGUUCGGCCCAGGCAAGCCAUCAAGCUUACCACAGAUCUGGCGGGGAGUUCGUAAAAGAAAGAAGAAGAAGCAAGGUCCAUUUGCUGACAUAGGUGGAGCAAUGCAGGAUGCAGGAGGUGGCCGUGCAGAGGAGUUUGAGUGGCACUUAGACGUUGCCUCGCCUCCACCUCCAGAUAUGUGUGCGCCAGAUGACGAGUUGCGAUUGCUGCGGCCUGAGGAAGAGCAGUUAUCAGGCAACAAGAACGAAGCAUCACGAUCAUCUGAUGUGUGUCCGCAAGUAGCAGACUGGAGAUAUGGACCUGCCCAGCUGUGGUAUGACAUGUAUGGGAUCCCAGAGACUGGAGACACAUUUGAUUAUGGCUUCAAAUGCAUAGAAGAGUGUGACGACAGGGACCAGUAUCCACACACAAUGCAGCUGAAGGAAGUGAAAGACUUUCCUGACGAUGCCUACCUCAUGGUCUCACAGCUUCAGUGGGAGGACGAUGUCAUCUGGAAUGGAGAAGAUAUCAAACACAAGGUUUUGGCCAAGCUGAACAAUAAGAACAAUGCAGCAGGCUGGGUUCCUUCAAUCCUCAAUCGAACAGCGUCAGCAUUUAGUCAGCAAGCCAAAAGUGUGUCUGGAGCGGCCCUGUUGGGUGCCUCUCAAAAGGGCAUGACUCAAGGCAUGCUAGCCAAGGCAGGGGCGAAGUCUGGACUGCAGAAGUCAGAACCGGGCGAUGACAGAGACGACACGUGGUACUCCAUCUUUCCUGUUGAAAACGAAGAACUCGUUUAUGGCUGUUGGGAAGACGAAGUCAUCUGGGAUGCACAGGCCAUGGUGAAGAAACCGGAGCCACAGAUUUUGACCUUGGAUCCUAAUGAUGAGAACAUCAUCUUGGGUGUACCUGAUGAUCCAGACCCGAAUUCUCUUGCAAAUGCUGAACCAGUGAAAGAGAAGAAGGCACUGGCCUCUAACUCUGUCCCCGUGAUGUCAGGUGUGACUGCCCUGUCAACUCCUUAUGCACUUCACCCGGCACGCUCUGGGGGUCUUGGCCCCUCCUGUGGUCGCAUGCCUGUCUCCCUACAGGCACCCAAACCUCCUGGCACGGCUUCUGCUUUUGUGCCGAUCGGCCGCUCUUAUGUCACGGCCGAUGACAUGGUGCGCAAGUCACGGAUCCUCUUAGGAAAAGCGGGUGUCAUCGCUGAGCCAGAACCUCCCAGCCCGCCUCCUGUGCAGACGAUGGAGAAAGACCCGUACAACAUAUCCAACGACGAGUUCUACAACCCUAAGCUGACGCAGGAUUCUGCUCUGAAGCCAAACGUGGGUGGCAACCUGAUUCAGCACUCAAUUCCAGCCAUCGAGCUUCGUGCUCCCUUCUUUCCCACUCACAUGGGGCCGCUCAAGCUCCGGUCAUUCCACCGACCGACACUGAAGCGUUAUUCACAUGGUGCCUUGGCACAACCUGGACCACAUGGCGUCAUUCCAUUGCUCAAGCACAUCAAGAAGAAAGCCAAGAUGCGAGAACAAGAGCGUCAAGCUUCUGGUGGUGGUGAAAUGUUCUUCAUGCGGACUGCUGAAGACUUGACAGGUCGGGAUGGGGAGGUGAUUCUGUCAGAGUACUCUGAAGAGCAUCCUCCGCUGGUCAUGCAAGUGGGCAUGGCCACGAAGAUUAAGAACUACUACAAGAGGCGGCCAGGCAAGGACAGUGGAGCACCUGAGUACAAGUAUGGUGAGACGGCCUACGCGCACACCUCACCCUUCUUGGGCUCCUUGGCACCUGGCCAGAGCUUGCAAGCCUUUGAGAACAACCUUUUCCGAGCACCUAUAUAUGAGCACAACCUGCCAGACACAGACUUCCUUGUCAUACGUACCAGGCAGCAUUACUACAUCAGGGAAGUUGAGACGAUCUACACAGUUGGCCAGGAGCUACCACUUUUUGAAGUGCCAGGUCCAAACUCUAAGCGGGCAAACAACUUUGUCCGAGACUUCCUGCAGGUAUUUAUCUAUAGGUUAUUCUGGAAAAGCACUGACAGUCCAAGGCGCAUAAAAAUGGAAGAUAUAAAGAAGGCCUUUCCUUCUCACUCGGAAAGCAGCAUACGUAAGCGGCUCAAGUUGUGCGCAGACUUCAAGAGAACAGGAAUGGACUCCAACUGGUGGGUUCUCAAGCCAGAGUUCCGGCUUCCCACUGAGGAUGAAAUUCGUGCUAUGGUUUCUCCAGAGCAGUGCUGUGCCUACUACAGCAUGAUCUCUGCAGAGCAGAGGCUCAAGGAUGCCGGUUAUGGGGAGAAGUCUCUGUUCGCACCUGAAGAUGAAAAUGACGAGGAAAUGCAAGUGAAAAUGGACGACGAGGUGAAAGCAGCUCCUUGGAACACGACACGGGCCUUCAUCUCUUCCGUCAAAGGAAAGUGCCUGCUGCAGUUGACUGGUGUAGCUGACCCUACAAGCUGUGGAGAGGGCUUCUCCUAUGUGCGCGUUCCAAACAAGCCCCAGCAGUCAAAGGAGGAUGGGGCAAAUCAGCAGCCAGUGAAGAAGACAGUGACGGGUACUGAUGCGGAUCUCCGGCGUUUGUCACUCAGCAAUGCCAAGCAAUUGCUGAGAAAGUUUGGUGUUCCUGAAGAUGAGAUCAAGAAGCUGUCUCGAUGGGAGGUGAUUGACGUUGUACGGACACUGUCAACGGAACAGGCAAAGGCUGGAGAGGAAGCCAUGAGUAAGUUUGCACGGGGCAACCGGUUCAGCAUAGCAGAGCACCAGGAACGCUACAAGGAGGAGUGCCAGCGCAUCUUCGACCUGCAGAACAGGGUCCUCUCUUCCAACGAGGUGCUGUCCACAGAUGAGGAUUCCAGCUCGGAGGACGACUCGGACAUUGAGGAAAUGGGAAAGAACAUUGAGAACAUGCUUUCAAACAAGAAAACAAGCUCCCAGCUGUCACACGAAAGGGAGGAGGCAGAAAGGCGAGAGUUGCAGAAGUUGAUCAUGGGAGAGGAUUCUUGUGCUGGCGACGACAAGAAGAAAAAGGACAAAGAUGGCAAGCAAAAGUCAGAAAAGGAUGAUGACAAUGCCUCUAUGGCAAGCUUGCGAUCUAAUGAGAAUGGACGAAUCUUGAAGAUCUUUCGUACUUUCCGAAAUUCCAAGGGACGGGAAUAUGUCCGCAUUGAGACUGUGCGAAAGCCAGCUGUCAUUGACACGUACGUCAGAAUACGUACGACCAAGGAUCCAAACUUCAUACGCCAAUUUGCAUCGACUCUAGAUGAGCACCAGAAGGAGGAGAUUAGGAAGGAGCGAAGAAGAAUUCAAGAGCAACUGCGGCGACUCAAACGCAAUGCUGAGAAAGAGAAACAUAUCCCUAUGAGAAAAAAACCAAAGAAGGAGCAACCACAAUUAAAGGAUCGUACGGCUUUACAGAAGGGAGUGGUUACACAAAAGAACAUCAACGUAAAACAAUAUAAACUAAAGUGCGGGGCAUGUGGGGCUAUCGGUCACAUGCGCACCAACAAGGCUUGCCCCCAGUACCAGCCCAUGGCCCCAUUGCCUCCAGUGCAAGUGGCCAUGACAGAAGAACAGGAGGAAGAAGAAGAGGGCUGUGGACUGCAGGACGACAACCUUGUCAAGGUGGAUGAGACGCGUGUGGUGCUGUCCAAGCAACUUAUCAAGCACGCAGAUGAGAUCCGGCGCAAGUCUCUAGUGCUCAAGUUCCCCAAGGAGGCCAUGGCCCUCAAGAAACGACGCCGUGCAGGCACUGUCCUGCACUGUGACUACCUGCGCAAGCCAAACAAGUCGGCCAACCGUCGACGUACUGACCCAGUGGUCACUCUCUCCAUCCUCCUGGAAACCAUACUGAAUGAGAUGCGGGACCUGCCUGAUACACAGCCAUUCUGGCAUCCCGUCAGUGCAAAGGUAGUGCCGGACUACUACAAGAUUGUCACUGUGCCGAUGGACCUGCAACGGAUACGAGAGAAGGUGCACGAGAAGCGCUACCAGAGCCGAGAAGAAUUCCUUGUUGAUGUCAAUCAGAUCGUUGAGAACAGCACGCUCUACAAUGGCCCCAAGAGCCCAUUGACACAGGCGGCACAGAGCAUGUUGGAACUGUGCAUCAAGCGCUUUGCUGAGAAGGAGGACAAGCUCAUGCGCCUGGAGAAAGCCAUCAACCCGCUACUGGACGACGACGACCAGGUGGCCCUGUCCUACAUCCUGGAAGGCAUCGUAACUGACCACCUCAAGAGCAUUCCUGAGUCGUGGCCCUUUCACAAGCCUGUCAACAAGAAGUUUGUAAAGGACUACUACACGGUCAUCAAGAGCCCCAUGGAUCUGGACACCAUCAUCAAGAACAUCAAGGCACACAAGUACCACAGCCGAGAGGAGUUCUUCAACGAUGUUGAACUGCUUUACCGAAACAGCAUGCAGUUCAAUGGCUCUGACAGCCAGUUCACCCAAAAGGCUAAAGAAAUUGUUGACGCGUGCCGUAUGGCACUUGACGAGCAUGACAGCCAGCUGAGCCAGCUUGAGCAGGCCAUCAAAGUGGCUCAGGAAGCAGCUCUGGAGGCAGCUGACACUGACUCGGUGGCCACAGGAAACUCCUACCCUGCUGAAGACAGCACAUUUGCUGAAAGCGACAUGGCACGGGACGACCUAGAUCCUCAAGCAUACACCAGCCUUGCUAGGCUGUCGUCACGGAAGCGCAGUGACAGUGGAGCCCCAGAGGACUGUGAAUUUGUAGAUGUGGAAGGAGAUGAAGAGGGUGACACUUCGCUGCUUGAAGGAAGGUGUCCGUCAUCCACAACUGGGCCAGACAAGAGUGUGUUGGACCAGGACCUGCAGAUCACACCCGAAAACAGUGAGCCUGAGGAAGAGGACAUGACAGGGGACUCCGAUGAUGACCACCCCCAUGUGCUCAUGACACGGGCCUCUAUGGUGCAGGAACCAGAGGUGAUGGAAGACACCGAGAUGAUAGAUGAGAACUAUGACCCAUCCGAGUUCCUGCUUCAAGGCAAGUACCACUUCCAGCCAAUGGAAAAUGAUGCACCGCAAGCCAUGGAAGUAGGAGGAGAAGAUGACCAGAUGGAUGGCAAUACCACUGUACGAAGCAUUGAGACCGGUGAGCCGUCUGCAGCCCAGGACAAUGUCAUCAGCACAGACCUGGCCGUUUCAGAAUCUGAAGAAGAAGGGGAAGAUAGGGGGGAUCUGCUGAACCUUGAAGAUGCACCAGAAAAAGAUGAAGAGGACUUGUGGUUCUGAUCAUACUGUAUAUAAAAAUAAACACAUCAUUUUUUAUCGUCUCAUCAAAAAA